CGGGGUCCCGACCAUAUUCGCCUCUGGACCCCUUGCUCGGCAACAGCCCGAACUGGAAAUGUUGAGGAUAAGAUAAAGCCAAGAGGUUUGCACGCUCCUGUUGCCGAUCCCUCCCCCGACCGACCUCCUUUCGCAUACCCGCCAUCUUUGACACGCGAGCUGCAUAUCCCGAAUCGCGCCCACCAGCACCAUGUCCUCCACCGCGACGACCACCGCGACGACCACCGCGCCCAUCACUGCCGACGCGAUCCUCCGCCUCUUUCCCGACAUCGACACGAGCGGGGCGGCUCUCGAGGGUCACGAUGAGGAGCAGAUUCGCCUGAUGGAUGAAGUCUGCAUUGUCCUGGACGAGAAUGAUUUCCCGAUCGGGACUGCGAGCAAGAAGCUAUGCCACCUCAUGACGAACAUCAACAAGGGCCUCCUCCACAGAGCUUUCUCCGUGUUCCUCUUCAACGACAAGAACGAGCUGCUCCUGCAGCAGCGCGCCUCGGAGAAGAUUACCUUCCCCGACAUGUGGACCAACACCUGCUGCUCCCAUCCCCUGAACGUGUCCAACGAGACGGGCGCCAACCUGCCAGACGCCGUUCUUGGCGUCAAGCACGCCGCCCAGCGGAAGCUGGAGCACGAGCUCGGUAUUAAGAAGGAGCAGGUGCCGCUCGAGGACUUCCGCUUCCUGACGCGCAUCCACUACAAGGCGCCGAGCGACGGCCAAUGGGGCGAGCACGAGAUCGACUACAUCCUCUUCAUCAAGGCCAAUGUCGACCUGGCGCCGAACCCGAACGAGGUCAAGGCGACCCAGUACGUCUCGGCCGACCGCCUGAAGCAGAUGUUUGAGGACCCGAGCCUCAAGUUCACCCCCUGGUUCAAGCUCAUCUGCAACUCGAUGCUCUUCGAGUGGUGGGCACACCUCGACUCGGGCUUGGAGAAGUACAUGAACGAGCAGGAGAUUCGGCGGAUGUGAUCGACGAGAUACGUCUGGUUUCGGGAGCAUCCGCGCUAUGUCAUGGGAGCUGCAGCUUGGGGAGCUGACAACGCCAAUUGCUCCCUUUUUUUUUCCCUAUUCUAAAGCCUAAGAUAUCCGCUCCGUAUCUUUGCGGAGCCAAGAACCCAACCGCUCAAUAAGCCCAGUGCUUUCCCUUUUUAGCAUCUUGCAUCACAAGGGCGGUACACAACAGAACAGCAGGGCAAGGCACGAUUGCAGGAGGGCGCUGGGAGGGAGAGAAGAGAGAAGAAAUAAAUAAUAAUGACUGCGGGGAGUUUAUACAUUCUUGGAGCGAGCGACACAUUUGAAUCGGAAUCAUGCUAUCUCACAAUCAAUUUUCUGUGCAGCCAACGCCGGUUGGGCUGGGG